AUUUUUGCUAGAAUAACUUGUGGAUUAGAGUGAAAAUAUUUGUCGCCAAUGGUAAUAUGCUAAGUUGACUCAAAGCCUGAUCACUUUCUUGAUGACCUUCGCUUGAAUAAUCCAUGACCUCAACUCAAGAGGUACAUUACUUUUGCUGUGGCUAUCGGAUAGACAUAAACACUCGGGAGAUAUGUGAACAUUCUUAACUAUUUAUUGAACUGCAGUUUUGCGGAGACUGUUGAUCUCAAUGUAUCUGAUCCUGUAGGGCAUAAACACAUACCUUACGUCGUCGUUCUUGUGAAGAUGGCUGAUGAAUGGACUCAGUCCCAUAGUGGCAAUCUUCCUUUGACCAGGGAAGAGAAAAAAGAAUUUAAGGAUUUGGUGAAGUCCAAGAUGAUAUCUAUGGAUGAGGAUAACUACAAAGAGGCCAUUGAAGCCGCUUUCAAAGUUUUUGCUCCUCGUGAAAUCAGCUCAGAGAUCCAACAGAUCAGCAAUGAUGCUUGUGCUGAAGCGAGUUCAAACUCCUCAGAUUUUGGGGUGAUGGUAGCGGCUCUGAAGGAGUUUGUCUCGAACGAAGGUGGUGGAGAGGCACCCCUCGAAGGCUCUAUACCAGAUAUGACGUCGUCAACAGAAUAUCGUAUGGUAGAGGAGGAGUUCAGCAAUCCUUCUGUGACCGAGAUUCAAAAGUGUUUAGCGGACGAGGAUUACAGGUGUGAACACAAACAAAAGCAUCAUCUGGUUUGAAAAGUGAGCUUGUUUGCUUUCUAUGGUUGCAUGUUAAUGUUGUUAACGGUCGCAGUUGGUGCAAUGGGAUUUUAUAUUCUUCUUAGAGCUGUGGACAGGUUUUCCGCCAACUAUAUAACAAGUUUCCUGGCCAGUUUGAUGGGAGGGAUGGAUGAGGACAUUUCUCGGUUAAAAACUACUGCCAGAUGAUCUUAUCAAUGAGAUGUGUCGGUUUGGUGCCUCUGAGCUUCAUGUGGUUGCUGCCUUUCUUGGAGGAAUCGCGUCUCAAGAAGCCAUCAAAAGAUUUGAGCUCUGUCUUUUGCUCAGGUCAUUGAAGCCUACAACGAGUAUGCUGGGGUGAUAGAACGUCCGUAAGCCUCAAGGUGGCUAAAGAGGAAAGGAGAAGGCAAGCUGGAUCAGUCAUAAUCCCUGAAAGAAGAGUGGCAGAGAGCUCGUCAUGAAAAAGGACUGAGAUUACUCUAGUAAAAAAUCUCCUAAGCAGGUAGAACAUAUCUGCGAGAAACCUUUUGCCUAAGCUGCUUGCUUCAUGUUCUCUUUUUUUCUUCAUCCUUCACGUUCAGGCAAUUGUAUGUAUACCAUGUUUGGAAGCCAAAUGAUUAGAUAUGGAUACA